UUUCCGAGAGUUAACGUGAACGCCGAACACAUUCCGAAGCUCGAACCGUUUAGCUCCAUCCUUGUUAGUUUAAUAGAAUUGUCUCACUCGAGAACAUGGCAGACAUCUCCAAAGACGAGCUUCGCAAGGAAAUUGCCGAAAUUCUGAAAGAUGCUAACUUGGCGUCGACUUCGGCCAAGAAAGUUCGCCAAGAACUGGAGGAGAAACUUGAUGUCAAACUUCAAUCCAGGAAAAAAGAAAUUGAUGACCUGGUGAUGGAGUAUGUGAGUUCUAAGAAGAGUGCACCGAAGAAGAAGGGCAAGAAGGCAGAUUCUGACGAUGAAGAAGAGGAAGAGGAGGAUGAAGAAGAAGAUGCUCAGGAAAAUCAAUCAAAAUCUGAGGAGGAAUCAGAAGAUGACAAAAAGAAAAAACGCCCCUCGUCUGGUAAAAAACCUGCUGCAAAAAAAUGGAAAAAAGGUUCAGAUGAUGAGUCGGCCAGUGAACAAUUAAGCGAGGGUGAUUCCGAAGAAGAGUAUUCUCCAAAGAAAUCAAAACCUGUAAAAACCCGCAAGCUGCCGCCCAAGAAAAAGAAGGGAUCUGAAUCAGACUCUGAUGAGGAUUGGGGGAAGAAGAAGGGCGGUAAGAAAGGCGGCGCUGGCAAGAAGGGUGGCGGUUACACCAGGCAAAUGCAGUUAUCACCUGAAUUGUCAGCACUAGUUGGUGCCGAGUCCAUGGCCCGUCACGAAGUCGUUAAGAAAGUGUGGUCAAUUAUUAAGGAGAAAAAUCUUUACGAUCCUAAGAAUAAGCAGUAUGCCAUUUGUGAUGACGCACUGCUUAAAGUAAUCGGAACCAAACGUUUCCGGACGUUUGGUAUGAUGAAAUAUCUCAAAAAUCACUUUAUCAGUUAAUUCAAAAUUUUAAAAUGCUUUAUUAUAAAUUUUUGGAUUGACAAUUAUAUUUGUAUUGUCCUUUCUGUAACUUAAUGUGUAAGUUAGAUCUAGAAGUCUGACAAAAUAUAGAUAUGUGUGUCUUCGA